AUGGAAUAUGGACAAUCAAAAUCAAAGAUGUCCUACCAGUCACGUCUUGCAAGUUUCUUUUCCUACCCUUAUCCAUGUGCAGUUAGUGUCACAGAAAUGGCUGAAGCAGGCUUCCAUUACGAAGGGCACGAGGACGAGGUAAAUUGCCAUAAUUGUGGACUGAAAUGCAGUGGAUGGCAAAAGGAAGAUAAUCCCAAAAGCGUACAUGUUGAGAAUUUUCCUACCUGUCCUUUCUUUGAAACAAGUGAAUGCGAAGCUAAAGUUGGUGUAGAUGACUCCAAGAAAGGUGAAAUGCCUUUGUCUGGUGCAUGUGGUGGAUUUGCUACAGAAGGAAGAAGGACGGAGGACAAGACACACCCAAACAUUAACACAAAUUCGACUUUUAUCACACUACAGAAAACAGAAACUAAUGCCGUAGUGAUCCCACACGUAUCAGAAGCAUCGGGUCUCGAUGUGACUGAUAAUUCUGUACAUGGAGGAGACACUAUACAUUCUACGGCAAAUUCUGAUAAUUUCAGUCAUCGAAAUGAAGUGGAACAUUGCUCCAAAACGGAAAAUUCAGCAAUGAGCGAAACACAAACGGUAGAGUCACGUGAUGAACAUACCAGAGGAGAUACGUCAGAUACAGGUAACGACUCCAUGAAUAAUUCGGACACCAUAACUAUCCCUGAUUCGACAGAAACAUUAGAUACCAUCCGACCGAAGUAUCAACAAUUUGCCGUUCUCGCAAACCGUCUGGACUCCUACAGGCAAUGGCCUGCCUAUCUCAGACAACGACCAGAAGUACUGUCGAAGGCUGGCCUUUUUUAUGAAGGGACCAACGACUACGUCAGAUGCUUCCAAUGUGCAGGAGGAUUAAGGGAGUGGGAACCAGAGGACGACCCAUUUUACGAGCAUGCGCGGUGGUUUCCGUGUUGUCCGUUCAUGAGACUGACCAAGGGUGAUAAAUACAUAAUGGGUGUCCAGUCAGGAACAAUAACACCAUCUAAUGUACUGGAGAAAGAGGAAAUAGCACCAAGGCAGAAUUUAAACUUGUUGGAACAUCCGGCUGUGUUGAGCAUUAUGGAGAUGGGUUACAGUAAAAGUCUUAUCACUACGGCGAUAACAGUUUUCAAAGAGCGCAAUGGAAUGGAUUUAAGUGCCGAACAAUUAUUGCCUAUAGUUUGGGAAGCGGAAGAGAAUGACAACAUUGUUCCGCAGAUUAUUGAAAAUGAAAAUGUCGACCGCAUGGAAGCAGAGAAACGGUUGGAAAGUAAAACCGACGUGACCGAUCAAGUAGCGAAAGGGAAAGAUAUCACUAAAGAUAUUGAUAAACUUACAGAGGAAAACCGGAUACUCCGUGUGCAGAAGACAUGUAAGGUGUGUCUAGACGAAGAGGCUAAUAUCGUGUUUCUUCCUUGUGGUCAUUUGGUCACGUGUCCAAUGUGUGCCUCCGCCUUACGGAAAUGUCCAAUGUGUCGAACCUACAUCAGGGGCACGGUCAAAGCUAUUAUAUCAUAA